GCUUGCUCCGGCCGUCUCCCUCGUCACGUCACGCCACCGUCGUCUGGAGCUAAACCGGGAGGGAGGAGCGGGAUCGGGAUCGGGAUCGGAACACUUUUUUUUUUUAGCCUCGGCCGUGUCGCUCGACGCACGCAAACCGCCCGCGUUAACCUUUAUUCACGCACACACACUGGUUCUCUAGCGGGGAAAUUGUGAACACAACGGGGGUGCUGGGUACCAGGAGGACGGCAUGGGAGAACACACGGCGCUGUGGCUGUUACUGGUGGCGACCUUGACGCUUUCUUCCGAGGUGCCUGGUGAUGACUCGGUGGGUGUGCAGACCGAGCCCCAGGUGGCCAUGUUCUGUGGAAAGCUCAACAUGCACAUCAAUGUGCAGAGUGGCAAAUGGGAGACUGACCCCUCCGGCACAAAGAGCUGUAUCGGCACCAAAGAGGGCAUCCUGCAGUACUGCCAAGAGGUGUACCCAGAGUUGCAGAUCACAAAUGUUGUGGAGGCCAAUCAGCCCGUCAGCAUCCAGAACUGGAGCAAGAAAGGUCGCAAGCAGUACCGCAGUCACACACACAUCGUGGUGCCAUACCGCUGCCUGGUUGGGGAGUUCGUGAGCGAUGCCCUGCUCGUUCCUGACAAGUGUAAGUUCCUGCACCAGGAGCGUAUGGACCAGUGUGAGAGCCACCUGCACUGGCACACAGUAGCCAAAGAGUCUUGCGGAGACCGCACAAUGAAUCUCCAUGACUACGGGAUGCUGUUGCCAUGUGGCAUCGACCGUUUCCGAGGAGUGGAGUUUGUCUGCUGUCCGGCGGAGGCAGAACGAGAGGCCGACAGCACAGAGCUAGAAGGGGAGGAGUCAGAUGUCUGGUGGGGUGGAGCUGAGGCCGAAUACUCCGAUAACAGCAUGUCACGUCCAGCAGACACAGAGCCUGUCACCACAGAGGAUGAUGACGAUGACAACGAUGAUGAUGAUGAUGAUGAUGAUCAGGCAGAAACCUUUGAAAUGGAUGAAAAUGGAGAUGGCGAUGAAGACGAUGAGGAGGACGGAGAAGACGAAGACGACGUCAUCGAUGAACGGGAUAGCGAUGAGCGCAAUGCUAACAUUGCCAUGACAACCACUACCACCACUACCACUGAAUCGGUUGAAGAAGUUGUUCGAGCUGUGUGUUGGGCUCGUGCUGUGUCAGGCCCUUGUCAUGCCAUGCUGGAGCGCUGGUACUUCGUGCCUGAGAAGGGCAUCUGUGCUCCCUUCUUGUUUGGGGGCUGUGGGGGCAACAGGAAUAACUUUGAAUCGGAGGAGUACUGCCUUGCUGUCUGCAGCAGCUCGUUGCCCACCAUGGCCCCCAGUCCCCCGGACGCUGUGGAUCAGUACCUGGAAUCUCCUGGCGACGACAGUGAACACGCUGACUUCCAGAAAGCCAAGGAAAGCCUGGAGGCCAAACACAGAGAAAAGAUGUCUCAGGUAAUGAGGGAGUGGGAGGAGGCGGAGAGAAAGGCCAAGAACCUUCCUCGGGCUGACAAGAAAGCCGUCAUCCAACACUUCCAGGAGAAGGUGGAGGCUCUGGAGCAGGAAGCAGCAGGCGAAAGGCAGCAGCUUGUUGAAACCCACAUGGCCCGAGUGGAAGCUCUGCUCAACAGCCGUCGACGGCAGGCUCUCGAAAAUUAUCUCAGUGCCCUGCAGGCCACCCCGCCACGGCCCCGUCAGGUGUUGAGUCUCCUGAAGAAGUACGUCCGUGCCGAACAGAAGGACAGGCAGCACACGCUGAAACAUUAUGAGCACGUCCGCACAGUUGAUCCCAAGAAGGCGGCGCAGAUCCGACCUCAGGUUUUGACCCAUCUACGUGUGAUCGAUGAGAGGAUGAAUCAGUCAUCGGGUCUGCUGUACAAAGUGCCCACAGUGGCUAAUGAGAUCCAGAACCAAGUUGCGGUUAUAAUGCAGAGAGUUCAGUCGGAGCUUUCUCAGCAAGUCUCCUCUCUGCAGAGCGACGGGCGGGUGGACGGCAGGGUGAGUUAUGGUAACGACGCUCUGAUGCCUGAUCAGGCCUACAGCUCUGCUCCUAUGGACCCCGGCCUGGACGGACUUGGCUUCAUCCACCCCGAGAGCUUCAACCAGCCCAACACAGAGAACCAUGUUGAGCCUGUUGAUGCUCGUCCAAUUCCAGAUAGAGGACUGCCCACACGACCUGUGUCUGCCCUAAAGCCAGAGGAGAUGCCAAAAGUGCGGAUGGAGACUGAAGAGAGGCAAAAUGCUGGUUAUGAAGUUUACCACCAAAAACUGGUGUUUUUCGCCGAGGACGUGGGGUCGAAUAAAGGUGCCAUCAUUGGACUUAUGGUUGGAGGGGUUGUCAUAGCAACCGUCAUUGUCAUUACCUUGGUGAUGCUGAGGAAGAAACAGUAUACUUCUAUUCAUCAUGGUGUGAUUGAGGUGGAUGCAGCAGUGACACCGGAGGAGCGUCACCUGGCUAAGAUGCAGCAGAACGGCUACGAGAAUCCCACCUACAAAUUCUUUGAGCAGAUUCAGAAUUAAAGAGCUGCCCGUCAACACUUCCUUCAGACGUAUCCCACAUUCUCACCACUAGUAGGGUCUGUUCCACUCGGGUGCCUUGCCCUCAGCCCCCUACUGCCUCAGUUUCUCACUUCGUUGAGGGUGUAGGGAAGUCAAAGGCUGAGGAUUUUUGUCUUGUUUUGAAAGUUAAGCUAAGGACAUUUAUGUCUCGGUGAGGGGUUGGGGCCAGAGGAAACUGACAUGGAACAAAGCCUUCUCAAUACCUGGUUGUACAAAUGAAAACCUGUCCUUACAUUUACCUGCAUUCGGUCAGACAAGGGUACCCUGCUUCAACUACCCGAUCCAGCCAAUGAGAACAAAAACGUCAUAGUGUUUGUACUGACCAGCCACCGCCGCUGUUGAUUAUUUACAUUAAGUCACUGCAGUACUGCGUUCGCAGCCGAGACCUGACACGUGUAAACCACCGGCAGAUUAAUUCCAGGUCGCUCCUUCCAUCCAGUCUAUCUCACCCUUUUCCUCAAAAUGUUCAAAACAUUCCUGUUUCCAUGCUUCCCGACGACAGCUGUGCUGUUUGAUGACAUAACAGCUCUUAGAGCUGGCAGUGGGAGGAGGGGCUCUCAGAGCGCCUCUCCGCACGACUAAAAGCCCAAGUGUUUCAGGUUUGUUUUUCAAAAAAGGAUUUGAAAAAAAAAUGCAGAAAAAUAUACAUAAUCAAAAUAUGUACAACUUAAAAAAAAGUUUUGUUUUCUGAUUUUUUUUAAUGUGUAAUAUAUUAAGACAGAGAUUAGCUGUAAGUAUAUGUAGUGCAUGGCAAUAUUGAUGACGGAUACAGUUAACUGUAUGUCGAGGUCCUCUCACUAGAUAUUUUAGCAGGAUUGUACAUUUGUAGUGUCUUCUUUGUGAUCUUGUGAUAUGAAGAAGAAAAAGAAUAUUCAGAAUCUGGUCUGCUUUGUGUUCACACGGACUUGCUUUAACUGAAUCUUGGCUCUUUGCGCUCAUCUCCAUGCUUCACUGUUGUGUUAGCUGCAUGGGCAGAAUGCUCUAUACUGUAUGUAAUAUAUGAAGUGUAAUAGUAUCCGAAAGGAAGACGAUCGUGUUACUGUUUGCGUUCUAUGCACUCUUUUGUCAUUUUGGAAGUCUGAUUAUUAUUACCAAAUAUUAUUGCUGUUCACGCUUGUCGCUGCACAUUGGGUUUUUAUCAGAAGUGAAGGCUAAGCUCCAGUAAGAAGGUUUUUCUGAAAGUGCAUCAUUCCAGUUUUUUUUUUCAUUCCACCGCCUCUCGAUUGUAAAUAUUUAGAAAAUGGAGAUACAGCUCUCAAUGACCCAGAUUCAUUAUCAUUUUAUGAGUCUUUUCCCCUAAACCCCCCCAUUUGUCAUGUUCACCAUGUCAUGUUCACCAUGUCGUUCUGGCUGUGACAGCAAUAUUGUACAGUGCAGCAUUUUUGGAGUCAGCAUGAGUAUUUGAUGAAGGACGGGACUUAUAAGGUCUGCGAAGAUUAGAGACGUUUUCUAGAUGGUCCAAACUCUUCUCCAUUUCGUUACCAAAUCUCACAUACACAUUAUAUUUUUCUACAUUCCCUGUGUAUACAACUGUCGUGAAGUCUCGUCAUAAUCCCCACACGUAGUGAAGAAGUUCCAUUAACGGGAGGAGGACCACAUCUCACGUCAGCAACUUUCCCUCUCCCUUAAUUAAGUCGUAUACGCAUCCACCUCCAAGAAACAUGAAUGUGACAUGCAUAUUGUGCAUUUAUACCACAGAAAUACAACACAUAUCACCUCUGCACAUUAUAUCACUAUAAUCAGAAACACUAACUGAAGCUCUUAAUCAGGUGAAUGUUUAAAAUGUGUAUUGAUGCUCUAUCUGGGUGUCUUUGAAGGCUAGUGAUGGAAAAAACAACAUGCUUUUUGUUUCUCUCAUUGAUUCAGUGACCUUCCUCUGUGUAGUUAAAUGAACUGUUUGCUUAGAGUAAGAAGCUUUCUACACGCACUAUAUCAUGAAUAAAAUUUUGAAUGUACAUAAA